UGUCCUUCUCCUCCUCCUCCUCCUCUUCCUCCUCCGUCACAUUACCGGGGAUCCGCCUGUCCGCUCCGCACACUCUCUCCCUGACCCGCCGCCGCCGCUGCUGCUGCUGCUCCUCUCACCUCCUUCUCUUCCCCUUCAUCUCACCUGCAAAGCUCCAGGAAAUCCUCUGUCACACGAUGCACUCUGCUCAGAAAGACACCACCUACACCAAGAUCUUCGUGGGGGGUCUCCCGUAUCACACCACGGACUCCAGCCUCAGGAAGUACUUCGAGGUGUUCGGGGACAUCGAGGAGGCGGUGGUCAUCACUGACCGGCAGACUGGCAAAUCCAGGGGCUAUGGAUUCGUGACCAUGGCAGACCGGACCUCCGCCGACCGAGCCUGCAAGGACCCCAACCCCAUCAUAGACGGGAGGAAAGCCAAUGUGAACCUGGCCUACCUGGGGGCCAAGCCCCGGGUCAUACAGCCGGGCUUUGCAUUUGGCGUUCCCCAGAUCCACCCGGCGUUCAUCCAAAGACCUUAUGGGAUCCCUGCUCACUACGUCUAUCCUCAGGCCUUUAUGCAGCCCAGUAUGGUGAUCCCUCAUGUCCAAUCCUCUGCUGCUUCAGCGACAGCUGCUGCUGCCGCUACUUCCCCGUACCUUGACUAUACCGGAGCGACAUACGCUCAGUACUCCGCGGCUGCUGCCACCGCUGCCGCCGCUGCAGCUGCCUAUGAGCAGUAUCCGUAUGCGGCCUCACCAGCACCAACGAGCUACAUGACCUCAGCAGGGUAUGGAUACGCGAUGCAACAGCCGCUCGCCACUGCUGCCACCCCAGGAGCUGCCGCUGCGGCUGCGGCCUUCAGCCAGUACCAACCCCAGCAGCUGCAGACAGACCGCAUGCAGUAAAAGCAUGAAAAUACCUGACAGGAGGAAAGCAGGGGUGGUCCACUCCAUAUAAGGAGGUCACAGAGGGAAGACAGUAGAAGCUGAAUGAUGGUUGUCAGUCCCAGGUUUUAUCGUAUCAAUCCUUCUACCAAAGAGCCUGAAGAAAAUCACCAAAAAACGUGGAGACAGAUGAGAAAUUACUGUAUAAUUUAUUCAGGCAGCAACAGUAUUUUGCCACUAUUGAAUAUAGAUAUGAAUAUUUAAUAUUUAUUCAGUAGCUAAAUAAUGUUUAAUGUUAAUUGAAGCACACUCACUGGACCUCAUGUCAACCAUUUGUGUAUAUUUAUAUAUUUAAGUGUAAUUUGCAUAAAAUUCACAAUUACAUUAAUGUCUUAUAAUCAGGUUUCCUCCCCACUAAAAACCAACACACACUCACACAUGAGAACAUGUGUUACGUCAUCAUGCAGUUUUCAGUAUUUCAUAGUUUUGGACCAGUAUUUUUGUUUGGUAAAGCUAUGCAGACAUUGAUAGAGCUAUUUUCUUAGGACUUUCUCUUUUUUAAUAAUUGUUUGGAGUGAGAUAGAUUAGACAUCCUCGACUAGUUCCUUCUGAAAUGUGUUUUCUUGAUAGUACAUAGGACAAAAUGCUGCAGUGAAAGCACUCACUUUUCUUCCCUUCAAAUUGCACCUCAACUAAACUCAGCAGAAGGGAAGAAACAUUGUUGAAUGUGAAUCUUUCAUUUUGAAAAAGAAAAAAAAAACUAUUUCAUCAUGUGCCUUUUAAAUUAUGCUAUUUAUGUAUUUAUUAUGGAGCCUUACAGUAAAAAUAAACCCUUUAUUAUUUGUGUAUUAGUAUAAAGCCUACUGUAGAACAUGUCACACACGUGCUGCUGCAUUUCUCAUGAUCAAGCGCACAUGUGAGAAAGAAUGUUUGAACUUGGCUUCACUUUGAGCUAUACUGUGUAUAAAGAACAAAAUAUGUGUGGAAACGUAGCAAUAACUCCAAAGCUUUUUUCCUGAUUCCUGUCGAUAUAAUGUUGUCUAAAAUAUAUCCUUAAUUCUUUAAUGUCGCUUUUUAUACUUGACCAGUUUGAUAAAGGACAGUGUGACGGCUGUCAACUUUUUAAAUUUCUUUUUCUUCAUUUACAUUUGAUGUCUUUUGACAUUAAAUGUCUUCUAUCACAAGGGCUUCACCUGUUGCACCUUGUAAUUUGUAAUGCAUGACUCAAAACGAAUGCAAACAUUUAAUUUGUGAAAUAAAAGGAAAUCUACCUUCAA